AUGGUGCCGAUAAAGCAGGUGUUCCCUAUGGGAGUGAUCUUUAUCUCUGCAGUUUAUUCUUUUUGUUUAAGGUUCAAGUGGCUUGCGAUAGUGGUUCCUUAUGUCGGGGAUUCUGAUGGGACGAAGAGAGGAGAAUGGACGGAGGAGGAAGACCGGAAACUCGUCGCUUACAUCGACGUAUACGGCAUCGGCGACUGGCGUUUUCUCCCUCCCAAAGCUGGUUUGCAGCGAUGUGGAAAGAGCUGCAGAUUAAGGUGGCUAAACUAUCUAAGGCCUGGGGUCAAGAAAGGCAAAUUCACCCCUCAAGAAGAGGAAACCAUCAUCAGUUUUCAUUCUAUUCUCGGCAACAGGUGGGCAACCAUAGCGCAGCAAAUGCCGGGUCGAUCAGACAACGACAUCAAGAACCAUUGGAACUCUUGCCUUAAGAAAAGACUCGAGAGAAACGGAAUCGACCCAAUGACCCACCAGCCAAUGAUCAACCUCGCCGUCAAAACACAGUCGUUUAACACAGAUUGCGGUAGCUCUUCCUGCUCGACGGCGAGUCCAUUCUCUUCUUCCUUCUCCUCCGGCUCGGCCCGUCUUCUUAACAAGAUCGCCACUGGUAUCUCAUCUAGACAACACGGUGUCGACAGGAUCAAGAACAUCUUGUCAGAUCCGUCAAUCACAAGCAUUAAUGGUCAAGAGGAAGGAUUCGAGCAGCUGAAGAUAGAUCAUGGGAAGAUGUUAGCUAGUGAUGAUCAAACAGAUGAUUUUCUGAUGUGGGACGAGGAGAAAACGAGACAUUUCAUGGAGGAGAUUGGUGUAAUGGAUUUCCAAACGAAUGGAGUCUAUAACCCUAGUUCAUCAGCACAGUAUGGUGUUUAUGAGAGUGGCCUACUUGAUGAUCAUCUCAUUUGAUGAAUCGAUGGUUUACUGUGUGAAAUUAUCGUUUGUGUAUUACAUAUUACACAUUAUUCUUUUUGUACGUUGUUAUAACAAAUUAAGAAUAAUAUUCAU